AUGCCGAAAGCCCAGAAAGGGGCUCUUCUCCAAUGUGAUCCGCCGCAAAUGGCCAUGGUGCGGAAGAUCGACAAAGAGUCUGGCCAUACCUACAUCCUAGAGGAGAUCGACGACAGAACAUGCUUGGUCAAGGAAAACAAGGUGGAGGAGAUCAAGGCCAAGGUCAAGGAGUUGAUGGAUGCGGCCAUGGGGAUGGACGAAGACGACAACGACGACAAGGACAGCGACCUCGACUGA